AUGGUGGCCGAAGAGACUUUCUUGGGGUGGUACGCGACGGAUAGCCAAGACUCGGAGGCCCUCACCAAUCUCGCUAGGGAUAGUCUUCUGAAGUACAACUUAUCCAUCAUUGACUGCAUUGGCAUAACCACCGAUGGUGCGAUGAAUAUGCGCGGUAAGCACAGAGGAGUGAAGGCCAGAUUCAAAAACUUGAGUCAGUCAAUCCUACAUGUAUACUGCGCCGGCCACGCUCUGAAUUUGGUGAGCCGCCAGUCCACCGAGAACGUGGAAGCCUGCUUGUCAAGCCUCGAGUUCGCUAGUGGUAUCGCUCGGUACAUUAAGGGCUCUCAGAAGCGCCAACAGGAAUGGAAAUCAUUCUGUGCCGAUAUAGACCAAGGUUACCUUGGUGGAGAUUUCUUUGCGGGUCGAGCGGAUGCAGCUCAGUCUUCUGAAAAUAGCGAGGAUAGGGCGAAGGCCAGAGAGUAUGUUAACAGGAUGGAUGAUUUUCGUACGUAUUAUGCUCUCAGAGUCAUGGAUGAUGCGUAUGAUGUCAUACUCCCUAUCCAUGCUGGCCUCCAAUCGCCUGAGCUGUCAGUGUGUGCAGCUAUAGCUAUGAUCGAGGGACUACAGAAGAACCUCUUAGGGUAUGCCCAGGACUGGUCGAGGCUCAAAGGGUUCUACGAGAUGGUUAAAGACGACUCUUUGAAAAUGAAUAUAGAGGGUCCACGAUUAGAACGCGCUGCACGGAAGGGCUUUCGCCCAAGCCGAGCCGGGCUGUCGGGUGAGCAGAAGGAGGAUCUUUCGUUGGUGCAACAUGUCGGCCCGACAUUGUCGGGAGAAUCCACCGCGCCUUGUUGA